AUGCCCAUCUCCCAAUCCCCCUACCUGCCGCGCGCAAUCGGCGGCUUCGGCCUCAUGGCCGUCGGGCUCGGUGUCAACGCGCUCUUCAACCCCCGCUCUGCCAUCGCACUGUUUCAAUUCCCACACCCUGGCGCGCGGGCCUCCACCAACGCGAUCGAAGAAACGCCCGAGGGCCACCUGGUCGAGAGCGUCAUGAUGCUCGAAGGAGCGCGCACCGUCGCGCUGGGCACGGCGCUGAUCUCGACCGCGUACUUUGGAAGUCACAAGGCCUUGGCCGUCAUGGUGUGGACCAGCACGCUCGUCGCCGUCGCGGAUGGGUUCAUCAGUCGUAGGCAGAUCGGCGGCGGGGAGUGGGCGCAUUGGGGGUUCGUGCCGAUAGGUGUGGUUAUUGGGGGGUUGUUGAGUGGGUUUGCGGACCAUCUUGCCUAG